AAGCAAGCGAUGGACUUUCCUUCCUUUUCUGUGUAUCACCACGGAAUGAUUCCAUUAGUAAUACAUUAGUUCCUUCUCUCAUCCUCACCCCCCCUUCAUUUAUAGUUCCUCCAUAAACCUGGAACUUAGAAAUGGCAGUCGCCCUGGGAUCCGACGUCGUUUCGCAGGAUUCUGUACUUGGAAUUCCUCUUCUGCACCACGAUACGGUGAACGGCGCUGUGGACUACAAAGGCCGGCCGGCGGUCAGAUCCAAGUCUGGCUAUUGGAGAUCAGUGUGGUUCAUAAUAGGUGUGGAAAUGGGAGAGAGGAUUGCGUACUACGGUGUAGGGUCCAACCUCAUCACGUUCUUGACGGGGCCGCUUCAACAGUCCACUGCCACAGCUGCGAAGAAUGUGAAUAUAUGGCAAGGAACGGCGUCGUUGCUUCCUCUGUUGGGUGCUUUCAUUGCUGAUUCCUACGUUGGACGCUAUCUCACUAUCAUUGGAGCUUCUGUUGUCUACAUCUUGGGACUAGGCAUGUUGACGCUGUCAACCAUGCUUCCUUCAUGUACUACUUCUACGUUGCAAUUUGCAACUAAGUUGGCAUCAUGUUCUCCAGAUAAGUUGCGAGUGAUAUUAUUAUUCUUCUCACUUUACCUGGUGGCCAUUGGACGAGGAGGUCAUAAGCCUUGUCUUCAAGCUUUUGGAGCUGAUCAAUUUGAUAAUCAUCAUCCAGAAGAAAGCAAAGCCAGAAGCUCAUUCUUCAAUUGGUGGUAUUUUACAAUGUCUGCGGGCUGCUUGCUCACUCUCUCUUUCUUGAACUACAUACAAGAAAACCAUGGUUGGCUUCUUGGAUUUGGAAUCCCUUGUGUUGUAAUGCUCAUUGCUUUGGUUGUUUUCUUGUUUGGAACUAGCUUCUACAGAUUUCAAAAUGAAGGGAAUAAGAAGAGUCCCUUUGUUAGAAUUGGUCGAGUUUUUGCUACAGCUAUAAGAAAUCGACCAGUUACCUUAUCAGGCGUUGUGAUCAAAGACGACGAAACUUGUGACAUCAUCACUCAUCAAUGUUCCAAACAAUUCAAGUUCUUGGAUAAAGCACUGUUUACACCCAAAGGAUCUAAAGAAGAGGAUGCAUGUAGCGUUAGUGAAGUGGAAGAAACAAGAGUUGUACUUAGACUUCUUCCUAUUUGGGCUUCAAGUUUGGUGUUUGGUAUUAUUUAUGCUCAAGUUCGAACUUUCUUCACUAAACAAGGGGUUAAUAUGGAUCGAACCAUCUUUCCAGGUUUUGUUAUACCUGCUGCUUCUUUACAAUCCCUUGUCACUUUGGCCAUUGUUAUUUUCAGCUUCGCCUAUGAUCGAAUAUUUGUACCAAUGGCAAGAAACAUCACUAAGAAACCCUCCGGAAUCUCAAUGCUACAAAGGAUUGGAACUGGAAUAUUUCUGUCUAUAAUUACCGUAGUAAUGGCAGCUCUUAUAGAGAUGAAAAGAUUGGAAGCAGCUAUUAGAUUUGACCUGGUUGAUAAACCAAAUGCAAUUAUACCAAUGAGCGUGUGGUGGCUGAUUCCCCAAUACUUCUUGUUUGGGGUUGCCGAGGUUUUUACCAUGAUUGGUCUCCAAGAAUUUUUCUAUGAUCAGAUGCCAAAUGAACUAAGAAGCAUGGGUCUUGCCCUUUACCUAAGUGUAAUUGGCAUGGCGAGCUUUUUAAGCAGCUUUUUGAUCUCUACGAUAGAGGAAAUAACUAGGAAAGAUGGAAAAAGUGGCUGGUUUGAUGACAAUCUCAAUCAAGCACAUAUGGAUUACUUUUAUUGGUUACUUGCUGGGCUUAGUGUGAUGGGAAUGAUUUUAUUCAUCUUCAAUGCAAAAUCUUAUAUUUAUAAUGAAAAAGGAAUUAUACAGUGAUAACAUGUUUCACAUUUUAUCACAUAUCUAUCAAGAAGUGUAGUAUAUAUUGUGUA